AAAAAAAUAUAAAAUAUAAAAAUAUAAUAUAUAGAUAUUAGAAAGAACAAACUUUCCGUUUUCACUCAUUCGUUUCUCCUCCAUCAUUCUUCCACUUAAAUGGCACUGGGCACUUUGAACAUGGAGCACCUGUCCUCCGACCAGGGCUGUGAGCUGUAAAUUCGAUACAGAGAAGAUCUGUGACUGGCUGGGAAAUGGCAGAUAUUCUGGAGCUGCGCACGGAUGGAAACUCACUCCUGAAGGCGGUGUGGCUCAGACGCCUGAGACUCACCAGGCUUUUAGUGGAAGGAGGUGCGUAUAUCAAUGAGAGCAAUGAACGAGGGGAGACACCGCUCAUGGUGGCCUGCAUGUCGACACACACUGACCAGCAGAGUGUAGGCAAGUCAAAGCUCGUCAAAUACCUGCUGGAUAACCAGGCAGACCCUAACAUACAGGACAAAGCAGGCAGGACGGCUCUGAUGCAUGCCUGCAUCCAUAGGGCUGGGCAUGAAGUGGUGGAUCAACUGCUGAGCAACGGUGCUGAUCCAAGUCUGGAGGACAGGAGCGGGGCUUCGGCUCUGGUCUACGCCAUCAAUGCGGAUGAUAAGGAAACUCUAAAAUUACUCUUGGAUGCAUGUAAAGCUAAAGGAAAGGAGGUAAUCAUAAUCACCACGGACAAGUCACCAUCUGGCAUGAAAACUACCAAACAGUAUCUCAAUGUCCCUCCAUCCCCAGAGCUGGUAGAGAGGUCUUCUCCAGAAUAUUGUGCCUCUCCUUCUGAUAUUGAUGUCAUUGCAUCUUCUACAUCCGAGCAUGAGCAACAGAACACAGUCUUCAGUUUCCAGACGAAGCUAAAAACCUCCAGCGCAGCCGCAAAGCUCACAAACGGACCGUCGUCUCCAACGCGCCGACCGACAAACCCCAAGCGUGCACGUUUGCCUCAGCUGAAGCGGCUGCAAUCGGAGCCCUGGGGGUUGAUUGCACCCUCGGUCCUGGCCGCAGCCGCCGCCCACGAGGAGAGUAAAAAAGCCAGCUCUGAUGAGGAAGUUGUUGCAGGGGUGAACGGGCUCUGUCUGAGUAAAAGGUCACCGUUGUCCCGACAGAACAGUGUGGAUGGAAAGGACAGCUUAUUCCCGUUGGUGGGUGAACAGCCCUGCAAAAUGACAACUUCACUCUCAGUUCCUCCAACAUCCAAACAGUCGUAUGAACGAUCUCUCGGCCAGCAUCAGCCGCUGGCCCGGCGCAGCACCGUGCCCAUGGAGCAGGAGAGCAGCAGCAGCUGCAGUAGUGGACUAGUCAGUCUGAGAGACACCGUGCACAGGAGACGUCUGGGAAACGACCACUAUGACUCAGACUCACAGCUCUAUUCAGACUCGGCCAUGUUGGACUCUCCUAAAGUCCCCGUGGAGCGAAGGAAACUAAACACCUCUCCACUUGCGAUGCUUACCAGUUCCAGAGAGUCUCUAGACAGCAAUGCCAACACACCCUCUCCCAACACGGCACGCAGGCGUCCACAUGGCCUCCUGGAGAGGAGGGGCUCGGGCACACUGCUGCUGGACUACAUCUCCCACACUAGGCCCGGCCACCUGCCGCCUCUCAACAUCAACCCAAACCCUCCCAUUCCUGACAUCGGGGCCAGUAACAAGCCCUCCUCACCUUUGGCCACAGGUAUUAGAUCCAUAGCUCCGGUAGCACCAAACACACCAAAGAGAGCAGGCUUUAAGUCAAAGAAGAAACUAGUGAGAAGGCACUCUAUGCAAGUGGAGCAGAUGAAACAGCUCUCAGAUUUUGAGGAGCUUGCUCAUUAAUUACUGAUGAAGUUGAAAUGUAAACAGCAGUUUAUCCAUAGGUUCAAUUGUGUAGACCACAACCAUCUAUACAUAUAAAUAUAAAUAUAUAUAUAAACUGAGCAAUAUAGAUAGAUUUCUUCCCUGUAUUAUCAACCUUGAGUUAAUAU